AUGGCUACUUCUAUUAUCCCGGAGAAAAAGAUCAUGGAGGAGAGAUCUACUAAUCGCGUGCCAACUUCUCCGCGCCGACAUUCUUCUAAUGCUGGAAAACAACCCAUUAAAGAAAGAUCAGAGGAAGACAAACAAGCAGCCGCGAAAGUCGAAUAUGAAAAACUCCUUACAAUGCGAUCUGGCGGUACCUAUAUCCCGCCUGCACGCCUACGGGCCCUGCAAUCUCAGAUUACCGACAAAACGAGCAAAGAAUAUCAACGAAUGGCAUGGGAGGCCUUGAAGAAGUCGAUAAAUGGGCUUAUCAAUAAGGUCAAUGUCUCAAAUAUCAAACAUAUCGUACCGGAGUUAUUCGGUGAGAACUUGGUCAGAGGUCGAGGGUUAUUCUGUAGGAGCAUCAUGAAGGCCCAGGCUGCCAGUCUGCCAUUCACGCCGAUAUAUGCCGCAAUGGCCGCGAUUGUCAACACAAAGCUCCCUCAAGUUGGAGAGCUUCUUUUGAAGCGCCUUGUAGUGCAAUUCAAGAAAGGUUUCAAAAGAAACGAUAAGGCCGUGUGUCUUUCUGCCACCACAUUCAUCGCUCACCUUUGUAACCAGCAGGUAGCAAACGAGGUUGUCGCAGCCCAGAUCUUGUUGUUACUUCUCAAUAAACCAACGGACGAUAGUGUUGAGAUUGCGGUAGGAUUAACGCGUGAGGUGGGCCAACAUUUGGAAGAGAUGAGUGGGCCAAUUGCUCUAGCAGUGUUCGACCAGUUUAGAAACAUUUUGAAUGAGGCAGAUAUCGACAAACGAGUACAAUACAUGAUUGAAGUUCUCUUUCAAGUUCGAAAAGACAAAUACAAAGAUAAUCCUGCGAUAAAAGAAGAGUUGGAUCUUGUGGAGGAGGAAGAUCAAAUCACACACCGCACAGCCUUAGACGAUGAAAUUGACGUACAGGAUGGACUCAACAUUUUCAAAUUCGAUCCUGAAUGGGAACAAAACGAAGAGUUAUACAAACGACUUAAGGCAGAGAUUCUUGGGGAGGGAAGUGACGAUGAGGGUGACGAGGACGAAGAUGAUGAUAGCGAGGACGACGAGGAGAAACAGGAAGAAAAGGCGUUAGAAAUCAAGGACCAGAGUAACACAGAUCUUGGCAACUUACGACGAACUAUAUACUUGACCAUCAAGUCCAGUAUCGAUCCUGAGGAAUGUUGUCACAAGCUGAUGAAAGUCACACUACCACCGGGACAAGAGCCAGAACUUCCUUCAAUGAUCAUUGAAUGUUGCUCUCAGGAGAGAACGUACUUAAAGUUAUACGGCCUCAUUGGAGAGCGAUUUGCUAAGAUAAAUCGUCUAUGGACCGACCUUUUUGAAGAAUCCUUUGCAAAGUAUUAUGAUACCAUUCAUCGUUAUGAAACGAACAGACUACGAAUUAUUGCGAGGUUUUUCGGCCAUCUUCUUAGCUCUGACGCUCUCGGCUGGCACGUUUUGUCUGUUGUGCAUCUUAAUGAAGAAGAGACAACAUCGAGCAGUCGUAUAUUUAUCAAGAUUCUUUUUCAGGAUUUGUCGGAAGCAAUGGGAAUGGCAAAACUGCAAGCUCGCCUGAAGGAUGAUGUUCUGCGACCUUAUUUCGAAGGACUUUUCCCCCAUGAUAACCCUCGCAACACAAGAUUCUCCAUCAACUACUUUACAAGUAUCGGCAUGGGUGCUAUUACGGAAGAGAUGCGCGAUUAUCUUCAGAAUAUGCCAAAACCAGCACUACCAACAUUGCCCGCAGCUGCCGACAAUGCCACAUCGGACUCCGAAAGCUCCGUUUCGAGUUAUUCAUCUUAUACGGGCUCGUCAUAUUCACGAUCUCGCUCGCCAUCUCGAACUCGUGGUCUAGACAGGAGAGAUUCAAGAUCUCGCUCGCCAUCUCGAAAUCGUGGUCUAGACAGGAGAGAUUCAAGAUCUCGCUCGCCAUCUCGAAAUCGUGGUCUAGACAGGAGAGAUUCAAGAUCUCGCUCGCCAUCUCGAAAUCGUGGUCUAGACAGGAGAGAUUCAAGAUCUCGCUCGCCAUCUCGAAAUCGUGGUCUAGACAGGAGAGAUUCAAGAUCUCGCUCGCCAUCUCGAAAUCGUGGUCUAGACAGGAGAGAUUCAAGAUCUCGCUCGCCAUCUCGAACUCGUGGUCUAGCCAGGAGACAUUCAAGAUCUCCCGCACCUCGAAGACCUGACAGGAGAGACAGCUUUUCCAGAUCACCACCGUCCAAAGCAUCUCGGCGGGACGACAGCUAUUCGAGGUCCCCAUCUCCACCACGGAACAAACGUAGAGUCAGUCGAUCCAUUUCUCCACGGCCCAAGCGAAGACAAAGAUAUGAUUGA